UUUUUUCUUUUGGAGUUUUUUAUUCAAAUUGAUUUUGCUUCAAUAAUUUAUUUUAACAUCAACCUAUAAUUUGUAGUUUUUCUUUCCAUAUCUGAUUUUUAUCCUCAAAUUUAAUUUUUAACUGACUUUAACCUAAAUGUCUCCAAACAUAAAUUAUUUUACCUUAAAUUCACUUCUAACUAAAAUCAAUUUUACAACAUCAAUUUUCCCCGGAACCAAACAUACACGUAUUAAAAUGAACUUAUAAUAUGAUCCGUAUGCUGUAAUUAUGAUUCUAGGAUAUUUUUUAAAAUGUGCUGCACUUUUAAUUCCAGAGAAGAGAGGUUAAUUGUUGUCACAGUGGAAAUUUAUAGUUUCUCUGAAACUAUCCAUAAUCCAUAAUUUAAAGUAUAAAGUGAGCUGAUGUUUGGAGUUUAAAUUUCAAUUUCCUGUAACAGAAAAACAAAAGUAAGAAACAGAAAUGUUUCCUAUGAACUUUUGGUGAAGGGACAGCUUCUUGGAUUUUGUUACUAUUACAUUCUAAGGUUGCUACAUUAGCGCCUAAUGUCCCUGCAAUGUAUGAGCUGCAUUUUGCAGUACCAAUGGCCGGAGCCAUUCUUUGUACUCUUAAUUCUCGCCUAGAUGCAGCUAUGGUAUCAGUCCUGCUGGAGCAUUCACAAGCUAAGAUUCUUUUUGUAGACUAUCAACUACUUGAAAUUGCUCAGGGAGCAUUGAACUUGCUUCGCGAAAGAGGAACAGAAUUGCCAAUUAUAGUGUUACUUACUGAUUCUGAAUACUCAUCUACAAUUGACAUUACAUCAACGAGUUAUGAGUAUGAGAAAUUAGUGGAUGUUGGUCAUAAUGAUUUUAAUAUAGUGAGACCACGGAGUGAAUGGGAUCCUAUAAGUGUAAAUUACACAUCAGGUACCACGUCUAGUCCUAAAGGAGUUGUCUACAGUCACAGAGGUGCGUAUCUAAACUCUUUAGCGGCGGUUUUAGUCUCUCAAAUGGACCUUUUUCCUGUUUAUCUUUGGAUUGUUCCAUUAUUCCAUUGCAAUGGGUGGUGCCUCCCUUGGGGAGUGGCUGCACAGUUUGGGACCAAUAUUUGUGUAAGGAAAGUAUCCCCAAAGAACAUAUUUGAUGAUAUAAUUCAGCAUAAGGUGACACACAUGGGUGGAGCUCCUACUGUGUUGAACAUGAUUGUGAAUUCUGCACUGACUUAUAGAAAGCCACUCAAAAACAAGGUUGUAGUGAUGACAGGAGGUUCUCCACCACCAUCACAGAUCCUUUUUAAGAUGGAAGAAAUUGGUUUUAGCGUUUCUCACCUAUAUGGCUUGACGGAAACAUAUGGUCCAGGGGCUUUUUGUGCAUGGAGACCUGAGUGGGACAUGCUGCCUCCUCAAGAAAGAUCAAAGAUGAAAUCCAGACAAGGGGUGCCACAUGUGGGGAUGGAGGAAAUGGAUGUGAAAGAUCCUGCAACAAUGGAAAGUGUUGUAGCUGAUGGAAAAUCAGUUGGUGAGGUAAUGUUUAGAGGGAAUACAGUGAUGAGUGGAUACUAUAGAGAUUUGAAAGCAACAAAAGAAGCUUUCAAAGAUGGAUGGUUUCAUAGUGGGGAUCUAGCUGUGAAACACUGUGAUGGUUACAUAGAAGUUAAGGACAGAUUGAAGGAUGUAAUAGUCUCUGGAGGAGAAAACAUUAGCUCAAUAGAGGUAGAAACAGUUUUGUAUAGCCAUCCAGCAGUUCUUGAGGCUGCCGUUGUUGCAAGACCAGACGAUCUAUGGGGUGAAACUCCUUGUGCUUUUUUGAAGUUGAAACAAGGCUUUCAUACAAAUUCUCAAGAAAUUAUUCAUUUUUGCAGAGAUCAUUUGCCCCGUUACAUGGCUCCUAAAACUGUCAUUUUUAUAGAUUUGCCAAAAACUUCAACAGGUAAGAUACACAAGUUGGUUUUGAGGGAGAAAGCAAAGGCCUUGGGUAGCCUUUAAAUGCUUUGUAAAAUGACAAUUAAUAUCACUUUAAUAAAUAAUUUAUUAUAAUAUAUUAAAAUAUAUUAGAGUAGAAUUUUAAAUUUUAUUUGCGACAACUCAUCUUUAUCUAUGUCAAUAUUUGUCAACUCACAAAAAAUCUGAUGUGACAUUUUCGAAACUA